AAAAAAAAUGUACAGCAGCAACAAGAGCUCAAUGUCGCCUGAAAUGCGUCUGGCGCCACUACACCACCACUCGCAGAGCGCAGUAGCGGCAUCGGAAUGUCCGGCCGAAGGUUGUGGGGGACCAGUACAGCUACCGUCGCUGAGCGCGCUCGGAAUAGCCGACAAGCUGCCGGUUACGGACAGCCAAGCGGGCGAGGCGAAUUCGUUCGUGGUGACUGGGGCAGCGGCAGCGGCCUCCAAGCGGUGCCUGUGGUCGACGUGCACGCAGAUAUUCGGGACGCUGGACGAGCUGGUCCGGCAUCUGUACAAGCUGCAUGUGGCGACGAACCGGUCCAGCGCGAUCGCGGACCUGCAGGCGUCGUUCCUGUGCAAAUGGCGCGCAUGCACAGCACACGCAUCGGACACGGAUGCGCUGAUCACGCACGUCUGCCAGGAGCACCUGGAGGCAGGGCGGAUCCUGCAUAGGUGCGGGUGGCAGCAGUGCGGGCGGCAGUUCGACACGAUAGCGCAGCUGACGGAGCACAUAACCACGGAGCAUGUGGGCAGUGGCCAUAGCCUGUACGUGUGCAUGUGGGACGGGUGCGAGCGCCAGGGGCGGGCGUUUGCGCAGCGGCAGCGGGCGCUGCGGCAUAUCCAGACGCACACGGGCGCCAAGCCGUUUGGCUGCUCGGUGUGCCACAAGCGGUUCAGCGAGCAGCACAUCAUGCAGCAGCAUCUGCGCGUGCAUACGGGCGAGAAGCCGUUCAAGUGCGACCAGGACAAGUGCGGCAAGCAGUUCGCCGUGUCGUCGGCGCUGACCAUCCAUAGAAGGACGCAUACCGGCGAGCGCCCGUAUGCGUGUCGGUUUGCCGGCUGCGAGCGCCGGUUCGCCGAGUCGUCCAAUCUCACAAAGCACAUGCGCAUACAUACCGGCGAGCGCCCGUUCAAGUGCCCCGAGACGUCGUGCGGCAAGACCUUCUCCCGGCCCGACCAGGUCGCCCGCCACCAGCGCAUGCAUAGCGGCGACAAGCCGUUUGUCUGCCAGGCCGAGCGCUGCAAUAAGAAGUUUGCGUCGCCGGCCACCCGCCUCAACCACAUGAGGUCGCUGCAUCCGCCUGGUCUGCAGGCUGACGAGCCCGCGCCCAAGCUGCCACGGACCGACAGCUGAUCCGCUUUGGUCUAUGGCGAGUCCCGGACGGAAAAAAAAAAAGAAGCGUGAGCUCGUACUGUACACAAAUAGGCGUUGGUCCUAUUUUUUCUAUACUUUCUUUUGCACAUAAAAUUCUACCA